GCAGCAGCAGCAGCAGCAGUAGUGCUGAGACGUAAGCUUCAGGGAAGAGUGAAGCUCCUCACUACCUUAUAGUUAAUACGAAGACUGUUGUUAAGGAGGUAGAAUAAGGUUACUGUGGGUUGAAGGUGGAACUUGUGAUGGCCGUCGUGUCGUUCUCUGGUAGUCACCACGUCUUGGAGACGACGACGACACCUGGACAAUGCUGUCUCCGGAUGUUCCUGAAUUUAUUCCCAGAGGAAUCCAAACUACAAAUGCAGAUGCUGGUGGAGAGAGCUUAAAAGGCAAAACUUGUGUCCAAGCACGUGAUUUGGCACAACUCCGGCAAAGGCCAAAUUAUUCACGCAGCUUGCCAAAAUGUUCCAGAGGGCAGUCUCGUUCAAGUGAUGAACCCCUUAGUUGGAGGCUUGCAUCCACAAAUGCACCAUCUAAGGGAAGAAAUGAAGUAUAUGAAAGGCCUAAUUUAAACAGACAUGGAUAUAAGAAAAAAGGUAAUAAUAGUGGAGAGGUGAUAAAAUCGGGAAAUAGCGGUGGCUAUACCAGCCAUGGAGCUGACAAGUGGCAGCAAAACUGGAGGUCUAACAAUAGUUCACCAGAUAAAAUCACACAAAACACGUACAGGAAUAAAAAAACUAAUAUGAGAUUUUUUCAAGGAAAUGCACGUCCUGAAAAUAGUUAUCAGCAAAAGCAUGAUGUACAGAAAGGAAGAGGUGGAUCACCAGUAACUCCUAGUAGUGAAUGUAAAACGGGGAACAAUACACGUUUGACGGUGCAAGUUGAGAAGCAUCGUCCUCAUGUACUGCCCACAUUUAAGCACAGUGCUAAUGUCAGCUAUGGAAAAGUACUACAGGGCAACAGUAGUGUAAGUGGAUUAUGCAAGUCAGAAUCACAAACCCCGUCAGAAGUGGGCUUGUUUCGGGAAGACCAGUGGCCCACACUUGGUAGUACUCGUUCCCAAGCCACGUCCCAGAUAAAGAGUGAUUUUCAUUCAGGUAAUUUCCCAAAAGAAAAUAAUGGUGGGGCAUUGAAAAUGAAUGGCAUUUCAGAUAAAAAUUCUCAAAAUAAAAAUGCAUGGAAUGUCAUAGUGCUACAUAAACCUGAUGAGGAGAGACUUACCUCUCGUGUUGUUAAUGAGAAAGAAAUUAAAGAAAAAGUUUUGGAAUGGGAUAAUUGGGGGAAGGUGGAAAUAGACAUAAAUUCUGAUACAAGCAGCCAACAGAUGCAGAGUAAGGAUCAAUUCAAUAAUACAAAAGUUGUUGAUCACAAACAAAAUUUGCCUAAUAUUAAGUACAAGGAUGAGCAGAAUUUGUCUUCUAGUAAUAUAAAAGCUUCACACGAAGAAACAGAACCUAACACAAAAAGAAAGGCUACCCUGGAUAGCUCUGCAAAUCCUGAGGAUAAAAAUACAGGUAAUGUCCCUAAUCCAGAAGUUGAAGGAACUGAUCCUUUUCAGUGGCAGGUAAAGGGUGAAAGAAAGAAACAAACAAAAAGUAAAGACUCUGGUGAUCGAGCAGAUAGGGCUACAGUGCCCACAAAGAAAAAAAUCUUAAAGGCUGACAGUAAAAGAGACAGAAAUUCUAAGCAACUAAAUAAUUUGGGAUUCAGUGUUAGAAAGAGGGAAUUAGAAGGAUUUGGAAAGGACAAAAGUGAAAAUGAAAAGGAUGCAUUGCAGAUAAAAAAGUUUAGUACAGAUAAAUUUCAUAGACGAAGAGAAAAUAAAGAAAAGAAAGAAAUUCUUAAAUAUUCUGAUGAUGCAGCUAGACAAGCUCCUCUGCAAAUGUUUAGCAGAAAGGUGAGCCAGACUGAAUGUGAAGAGGUGCAAAAGGAUGUUCAGGGCAAAUGUUCAUCAGUUUCAGGGCAUGGUAGCAAUAAUGAAAUAUCAGUUGCAGCAGAAAGUACAAAAGAUUCUACUUUACAAAGUGAGCACACUAGGCAAACAAUUUUAGAAUUAAGGAAAAAGCGAAAGGAAGAAAAAAUGAGGAGAAAGGAACAGAAACUUAAAAAGGCUCAGGAUUUAAUGAAAUCGGAUUCAAAAGUAAGAGUUAUAACAAAAGAUUUCCUGGAAUCUACUCUUGCUGGUAAUGCCAGUAAUAAGCGCUCGGCCAAAUCAUCAGUUUCUCGUCUUCCAGGCUUGCUAUUAUCCAGUGAAGAAUAUCCUAGUCUCUCUCACCAAAGUGUCAUUACUCCUAGAACAUUAUCUUGUGAAAGUACAAAGAAGAAAGCUUCAGUGGCAAUCAAAAAGCGUACAAAUGCCUUAACUAAAUCCAAGGGUGCUUGUUUGAAAUUAGAUUCAUGUAUGUGGUCUGCACAGUCCACUGAGGUGUUGGAAGAGGAAAGCAGUGAAGAGAGUGAUUGUGCUUCAUCACCAGAAGUUCCUAGCUACAGUGGUGCACUUUUAGCACCCUCUAAAAAGGUUGUGGUUAUAAAACUAUCUUCUGAAGAAGGGAUAAAUGACGGUACCUCAGAAACCAGUUGUGCUGCAGUUCAGAAGAAAAAGGUGAAGACCAGGGACCUUAUUGAAUUGGAUUUAAUGGCUGUUGCUUUGCAAUCAAAGAAAAAUAAAAGGCGAGAUCUAGUUGACACAGAAGAGGCUACAACAGAUAAUGUAACCUGGAAACAUUCGGCAACUUCAAACAGACAUGUUGGCUCUCCUAGCAAAAAUGCACGAGGAGCAACUGCACCAUCUCUUCCUACAAAGUUUAUAAUAACUUGGGUUGUUGUGGACUGUCAAGAAGCCAAGAGAGCUCAAGAAAGAGCAGAUAAACAGGAAAUUACGCUUUCACAAACUCUUCCAGAGCCAGAAGUAAUGUGCUUGGAGACCAACAAGGAAUUGAGAAGAAUGGCUUCUGCAUUAGAUAUAGCUAGCAAUGAAGGAACAUUCAUAAGUGAACAAGAUAAAUUGGAUAAAAAUGGUGCAGAAAGCAAUGUAGAUAAUAAUGAUGAGCAGAAAGAGAAGUGCUCAAAGGCUAUGUCUUCUGAAUUAAGUUAUAAUGAAAAGAGUGACAGUGGAGGUGGAAAAGUUGUAAUAGGUGUGUGUGAACUCGCUGAAGAAAUGCUAAAUGGAAAAUGUGAGCCAGAAACACAGGAUGAAGUGAAGGAAAAUGCUGAAAUGAUAGUGACAACAGACAUGACUCAGACAGACAAACAGAAACUAGACUCAGAUCUGACUACUAUGAAAGACACUACAAAAGUGACAGAAUCUUCAGCAACAGCACAAAUUAUAGACACUGCUGAGGUAGAAAAAGCUGUGCAAGAUCAUGAAAAAACAGAGACUAAUGAACCAGUUGUUCCAGUAGGGAAUAUUAUUGACAGUCAUAGUGAUCCAGAGACAUCUAAAAAGUUAUCUAGUCUUGCAGAAGAGUUAAAAGCACUGCAAAACCCUAUUCAUAAGAAAAAAUUUAGAGAGUACUGUGAUCAUGUUAUCACUGAAGAUGUAGAUCGGGUUACUCAGCAGUUGGUGGAAAGUUUAGUGAAGUUCCAGGAGCGUCAUUAUAAACGAGAUCCAACUAAAGCUCGUAUUAGACGAAGAUUUGUAUGUGGUCUUAAGGAAACAACCAAACUGAUGGGGAAAAUGUCAUGUAUCAUCGUAGCGCCUGACAUUCAAAGAAGCAAAGGACCAGGUGCCUUGGAUGAGGUUGUUGAGAAGAUGCUUGGCCAAGCUCAUAGUCAUGGUGUCCCUGUCAUAUUUGCUCUUUCCUGUAAACGCCUAGGUAGACUUUGUCUGAAGAAGGUCCCUGUGAGCUGUUUUGGCAUAAUCAGCUAUCAUGGUGCUCAGGACAAAUUCCAAAUGUUGAUGCAGUUGGUGCCAGAAGCCAGGAAAAAGUAUCAAGAAUUGAUUGCAUGUGGCAGUCGGUCGGUCCCGGUGGAUGACGAGGAGCUGAACAGUGAGACUGAACCAGCAAAAUUAGAUGUUACACAAGAAGUAAUUGCUAAAACUUCUGCAAUUAUUUCUUCUAUUAUUGAAGAAUGACAGUGCACUGUUUUAUUGUGUAUAUUUUCUUAAAACACAUUUCAUAUCUUUAAUAUUUCACUACUUGUUUUGACGCUUCCCGAGUCUUAAUGGAGGCUUGGGGUAAUAUAUUUGUUUCCUGUUCAUAACAAACCAGCAUUAAGAAUUCUUUUGUAAUUUAGGCCUGCUGGUGAAUUUUCAUUGUUUUGCAGAUUGGAUGGUAGUAGUAGUAUUAGUAGUAGUAGUCAGGAUUUAGAAUAUUUAACGAUAAUUAAAUGCAAUAAUUGCGAACAGGUGAUAAAAGAUGCAAAAUAACCACCAGGGAGUUGAGUGAUAGGCCUUUCAUGUUGCAGUCAACACAUCAGGAGUUUGCAAAGUUGCAGAAACAGGAAAUUCAGGCAGAUUGAUUCAGGGAAAUUACUUUAUCCAGAAUUUACCUGGAUUUUCUAGUCUGUUUCUGCAACAUUGCAAACUCCUGAUGAUGUACUGAUGAUAAUUAUAUCUACACCAAACUUGCUGUGAAUGUAACAAAAAUAUUUUGCCAGUUGAAAAGUAAAGCUAACUUUUAAUGUCAUUUAUUGUAUUAUAGAUUUAUUUCAUUUUGCUGUGUUGUAUUUCAUUGAAAUUUAGGACUAAUUGUUUACAUGGGCUGUUUAAUACAAAAUUUAAAUAAGUACCUAUAUAUUUGUCUAAUAAUUUAAGUAUUUGAAAAAAUCUUUUAGUUUGUUUUGCCCUGCACUUCACUGCUGCAUUAUCCAUUGAGCACAAAAGGCACAACGCCUACGGUAGAUCACAUUAUCAAAGGCCUAUUGAAAAGUUUAGGGCACGCCAAAAAUUCAUAGGUAACUAAAACGUAAACUGGUAAAUCUAACAUAGUAAUCUGCUUUGAUUAAACUAAAAAUCUACCUUUUGUCAGAGUACCAGCCUAUCUUUGUGGAUUUCCUACAUAGUGUUUGCAUCAAAUUGUUUUUAUUUUUCUUGUUUAGGUUAAGUUUAGUUAGGUUAGAUUAUCCUCUAUCAGUAAUAUUAAUUAAUUGUGACAUUUGACAAUGCCAUCCAGUAAAAUAGAAGAUAAAGGCACACUAGAAAAACAUAUGUCAGACAAUCACUGUUAAGGCUUGUUAAAACAGUCACCCAUUUGACUGUCUUAGCUUUGGGCAAAUACUGUGUGUUAAUGGUCUGCAGAGUACAUGUAUAAAUGUACCAGUGAUAAAGUAAAUAAAAAUGCUAGAAUAAUUAGCAAAGGUAAGUGACUUGUUUCCACCCAUACUAUGGAUGCUAUGGUAUGGAAAAUAAUGUUUCAGAUUAAAACAUAAUUUUGUUAGAGAAAAAAUUAUUCUAAACAAAAAUUCCUUACCCAGAUUGAUUUCCCUUGAUAUUUGGAGACCUGAGAUGCUAUAACAAUGUGAAUUUAAAGUGUUGUGAAUAUUGGGCUUUAUACUCUCUGCUGAUGAAGAGCGAGUGCUUAGGGGAUGCAGAUACCUAACUCUAGCUCUGCCAUGCAUAUACCUGCAUCAUGGACAUUUUUCUUUUCAUUUAAAAUGCUACCUAUAUAUGAAAAGAAAACAGAGGUAAUUAUAUCUGUUACGUCAUCCAGCAAGAGCAGUGAAAAUGUUGCUCUGCCUUGAGAGACUAAGAUGGAUGUUGCUCGUCACGGAAAUGUAAUGAUGCCACUAUCAUUGUCAUAAAACAUUUAGUGUAUUUGUUUAUCUUACUGUUAUGGAAUAGAAUGGGUUUUAAAUACUGCAUAUUUGCAGUGGCAUUUUACAUUGAGUUUCUUUGAAGUAGCACAUGAAAUGCUACUUUAUACAUUUAAGAAUAUUUUAUAAUUUUUUGUUAAACAGAGGCUGAGUGAUGGAACUUUCUGUUUGGAGAAGCCACUUCAUAUAAGUUGUAUAGUAUAAAUUAAAAUGGUGAUAUACUGAAUAAUUCAGUAAUUUAGCUACAUUUAGUACUUGGGGAAAGGAGUAGGAAGAAUAUUAUAAGAAAUUUUGUAUGCUUGUAAGGGGUAACUGAGAUAAAAGUGAAUGUGUGUUAAACCAUGUUAAGCCUCAGCAAAUACUUACAACACUAAAUAUACAUGUUUUUAUUAAUGUUAUCAAUGAGGUUCAGUUUGCACUGCAAAGUUUGCAUGCUGUAGCACAGUAUUUUUAACAUAAUUACGAAGUGUACACGAGGUUAUAAUUAUGCCACUAAUGUACAUUUUCCAAGAACUUAAGAUUUAACUGGGGAGUAAUGUAACUUAUUUAUCCAAGCAAAUUAUGCAAGAUUAUAUAAACAAAAUUAAGAGUUAUUUUUUAACACAGUGGCUGUCUCCCACCAAUGUAGGGUGGCCCAAGAAAAGAGGAAAGACAUUCACCAACGUUCAUUCCGUUGCUAUCAUCACCAUUCAGAUGUUGCAGUUUUGGGAAAGGAGGAAUUAUUUGAGGCGUGAUGUCAGUACAUAAAAUUUGAUCAAAACUGAAUGAUGGAUGAAGAAUGUGUUCCUUCUUUUUUUGGGAGUCUCCUACCUUGGUGGGAGGUGGCUGGUUCGAUGGAAAAUUUUUUAAUUUGUAAUUUUAAUUAUAUAAUUUGCAUAAUUUGCUAUCCCUGGUAAUUUAAACAUUUGAAAAAUAUAAUUUAUGCAUCUACUUCUUUCAUAUAGAAGUAUUAUUCUAACAGUAACAUUAUAAUGAAAUUUUUUUUUGUCAAUCACUAACUUGUAGUUUACAGUAUUUACUGUAUUUAUGUUAGUAUAUCUUGAAAUGUUUCCUAAAUUACUUAUAAAUACCUCAUUUAAGGUUGCUCAAGACCAAUUUAGACUUAAGUAUUAUGUGAAAUUAUUUUGAGAGAUAAGUUACCAUUCUGAAUUUUCUUGAGGCUGAAAUACAUUAUGCAGUGCUGAAAUGAAUUAGUAAAUAUUUAUUAUGAUCAUCACUGGUAAUUGCCGACACCCAUAAAAGUUGUGCAGUAUAGAAAAAUAUUCAAAUUGAGUAUGUACUUCAGCUCUGGCAAACUUUUGCAUAACUUGAUUUCUUAUUUAAAAUGAUUGCUCAGACAUCUUGUCACUCUUCCUGUAACCAUUUAUGUCUUCACAGUUAUUUCUUGUAUGAAUGGUAAAUGAAAGGUGGAAGUGUGCUCAUCAAAUGUUAAAUAUUUUUUUUUGUAUUUUUGGAAUACUGUAUAUGCCCAUCAUUUUUAAACAUCUAUACCUAUC